AUGCCACGGCACUCAAGGAGCCCCAGGGACCUGGGUGACCCACCCGAAGAUGUGGCCCACACCUGCAGAGAUGCCAGGCCCAGGAGGGUCCUCCAACGAGGCAGGAACACCUGCAGGACGCCAGAGGAGCCCUCGCCAAACAGAAAUGACUCCUUCCUGCUGCCCAUCCGCAUCAACGCCACAGCCCCGGGCCUGACUCAGUGCAUGCUGGGAUGUAUGUCCUGGAUCACCUGCCUGGCCUGCUUCCUGAGGACUCAGGCCCACCAAGUCCUGUUCAACACCUGCAGAUGCAAGCUGCUCUUCCAGAAGCUCAUGGAAAAGACAGGUGUCCUGGUCCUCUGUGUUUUUGGAUUCUGGGUGUUUUCAGUGCACUUACCAUCCCAAGUGCAAGUCUGGCAGGAUGACAGCAUAUCUACUCCACUGCAGAGCUUGAGGAUGUACCAGGAGAAGGUGCGACAUCACACUGGGGAAAUCCAGGACCUCCGAGGUAGCAUGAACCAGCUCAUUGCCAAGCUCCAGGAGAUGGAAGCCAUGUCAGAUGAGCAAAAAAUGGCCCAGAAAAUAAUGAAGAUGAUACAAGGAGAUUACAUCGAAAAGCCGGACUUUGCCCUAAAGUCUAUAGGGGCCUCCAUCGACUUCGAGCAAACGUCAGCCACGUACAACCACGACAAGGCUCGCUCCUACUGGAACUGGAUCCGGCUGUGGAACUACGCGCAGCCGCCGGACGUGAUCCUGGAGCCCAACGUGACACCUGGCAACUGCUGGGCUUUCUCGGGUGACCGUGGUCAGGUGACCAUCCAGCUGGCCCAGAAGGUCUACCUGAGCAACCUGACGCUGCAGCACAUCCCCAGGACUAUCUCCCUGUCGGGCAGCCUGGACACGGCACCCAAGGACUUCGUCAUCUACGGCAUGGAAGGCUCCCCCCGGGAAGAGGUGUUCCUGGGGGCUUUCCAGUUUCAGCCAGAAAACAUCAUUCAGACGUUCCAGCUCCAGAACCAGCCAGCUCGGACUUUUGACGCGGUCAAGGUGAAGGUAUCAAGCAACUGGGGGAACCCGCGCUUCACCUGCCUGUACCGCGUGCGAGUGCACGGCUCUGUGACGCCCCCCAGAGAGCAGCCCAGCUAG